AUGCUACCAUUGGCUCUCUUCAUUCUUCUGUUCAUUUCGACACCAUUAUUCGCGGCUUCUCAGUCCAUUAUCGAUCUCAAUUUCGAUGUGCAACGAUGGAAAGAAACUAUAGAAAAUCAAGUUGAACAAAACGGGAUCAAAGACGAGCACAAAACGGGCUUUGCUAUAAAUGUUGGGCUAGAGACGAUGCCUGAGCUGCAGCAGGUUAUGAAGGACCGACACCAACGUUUCGUCGCAGUCUCAGGCGGUCCAGAGUGGCCUUUUGGAGAUUUUUUGGAGGAUUUGACUUCAAUCCAAGGUACGUGA